AUGGGCUGCGGUGAUUCACUCCCUCAAGGCGACCUCACCUAUUUGGAGAGGUCUGUAAUCCUCUCGUCCCUGCACGAGCUGCAGUCUCAAGAAGGAAAGGCGCGUGUCGAAAGGCUGUUCCUAAUGGAAGGGGGGGAGCAUGUCGCUGUGAUAUUGCUUUUGGAUGGCGAGGAUUCGAUGCUCGGGUUUUCCAACGUCCAAGCUGAAUGGCUAUGCUGGGACUAUGCUAUGCCGAUAAUCCCUAUUAAUACAAUCGAGACAUUGCCAGGCUGUCUAGAAUCGCUCCAGCAAGAUUACAGCAGAGAAAGGUCACCACAUGAUGCCAAUACAAGCAUCACCAGUCGAGAUCUAGUGCGUUGGUGUGUCAAUGGGAAAGCGCUAUCAAGGGAUCAAGUCAAUAUCUUGACAGAAAUCACGUCUGGGUUUGGCGACCUUACCAGCCGUUCUUCUCUUCCAAGUGGCCAAGCUAUCAUCCGUGAAUACUUGGGUAGUGAAGAUGGUGGACGGCUUAUAUCAUUUCUCACCAACGACUUUCCCAAGGCCCAAGGCUAA